AUGGAGCCCCCCAACUCAACUCAGCGAAAGACAGAAUCGGCCGGCUUCACCUCUGCAACAUCACCGCCAAGGACAGAAAAGCCUUCGUUCAAUAUAUGGUUCCGUUCGGCUUCGAACGAAUGCUCAGUGGGCGCUCAAAGAUACGCAGAUCAUGCGCGGGCCGGGUCCCACCAAUGGUCGAAACCUCAGGGCGAGGCGCAAACGAGAGCGGAUGCGUCGGAUGAGUUUCGAGACUUCCAUGGUACAAAGGGUUCCAAUACUGUAGGAUGGCGAGCUGCCGACACUAAGACCGGACGUGCAACACCAUCGUCUGGGCGCACACUGAGACAACAGAAUGUGCCCUUCGGGAAUCUGCGCCCAAAGUCGACCUACGAGUCCUUCAAGGAGAGUAUGAAAUCACAGGGCCCUGCAAGCCCUGACUUGCCUAAGAAGAGGAAUUGA